GGCCCAGAAAGUUGUGGCUAACAGGACUGGCUUUGGCCGCUCUUUCUGGAACGUCAUUCUGAUCCCUUUAAAGGUGGGAUCAUGACGGAGGAUGUGGGGGAGGAAGGCGGGAGCCCACGGCUGGAGAGUCUCCGUUGACAUAGUAACUUCAGCUCCGUCUCCCCUGCUCCAGGCUCCCAGGCUCCCAGGCUCCGCUGCCACCCGCCGCCCCGCCUGCACUCACUCACCCCGGGAGCCGGGCCUCUUCCUUGCGGGGUCCCCUGGGUGACCCUCUCACUGGCGAUUUCUCCCCCUGCUAGCAGCAAAGCCGCUCUCGGAGCUCGGACCGCCAGGCGCCCGCACCCCCGCCUCACCCUCGUCCCCCGGGCGCCCGUGUGCCCCGGGCCAGUCCGGCGAGUGACGCGGAGCGCGCACCGCGCCCCCGGGAACUGCCCAGGCGUCUCCCCAGGAGCGGAGCGGAGCGGGGCCCGGGCCAGCCCGGCUUCCCGCCAUGAACCCCAGCCCACCGUUCGGGGCCCGGCCGGGCGGCUCUCCCCGGGCCGCUGCCGGGGCGGGCGCGCGGCGCAACGAGAGCCAGGACUACCUGCUGCUGGACGCGGAGCUGGGAGAGGACGGCUGCGCGCAGCCCCCGCUGCCGCCCUCCGGCUACUACCCCAACGUCCGAGGCACCGACAACAGACUGGCUCACCGGCGGCAGACAAUUCUCCGUGAGAAGGGGAGAAGGUUAGCUAACCGAGGACCAGCAUACAUGUUUAGUGAUCGCUCAACAAGCCUGUCCGUGGAGGAGGAACGCUUUUUAGAUGCAGCUGAGUAUGGCAACAUCCCAGUGGUGAGAAAGAUGUUGGAAGAAUGCCUCUCACUCAAUGUGAACUGUGUGGAUUACAUGGGCCAGAACGCCCUGCAGUUGGCAGUGGCCAACGAGCACCUGGAAAUUACAGAACUUCUCCUCAAGAAAGAAAACCUCUCUCGUGUCGGGGACGCCUUGCUUCUAGCUAUCAGCAAAGGGUAUGUUCGGAUCGUGGAAGCCAUCCUCAGCCAUCCAGCUUUUGCUGAAGGAAAGAGGUUAGCAACCAGCCCCAGCCAGUCUGAGCUCCAGCAAGAUGACUUUUAUGCCUACGAUGAGGAUGGGACCCGCUUCUCCCAUGACGUGACUCCAGUCAUUCUGGCCGCCCACUGCCAGGAAUAUGAAAUCGUGCACACCCUCCUGCGGAAGGGUGCUCGGAUUGAACGGCCUCACGAUUAUUUCUGCAAGUGCAGCGAAUGCAACCAGAAACAGAAACAUGACUCCUUUAGCCACUCCAGAUCUAGGAUUAACGCCUACAAAGGCCUGGCAAGCCCAGCUUACCUGUCUUUGUCUAGCGAAGAUCCGGUCAUGACAGCUUUAGAGCUUAGCAAUGAGCUGGCAGUGCUGGCCAACAUUGAGAAAGAGUUCAAGAAUGACUACAAAAAACUGUCGAUGCAGUGCAAAGAUUUUGUUGUUGGACUCCUUGAUCUGUGCAGAAACACCGAAGAAGUAGAGGCCAUUCUGAACGGGGAUGUUGAAAUACACCACAGUGGCAGAGACCACAGUCGUCCAAAUCUCAGCCGUUUAAAACUUGCCAUUAAAUACGAAGUAAAAAAAUUUGUAGCCCAUCCAAAUUGUCAGCAGCAGCUCCUCUCCAUAUGGUAUGAGAACCUGUCCGGCUUGAGGCAGCAGACGAUGGCGGUCAAGUUCCUCGUGGUCCUUGCGGUUGCCGUGGGACUGCCCUUCCUGGCUCUCAUUUAUUGGUUUGCUCCGUGCAGCAAGAUGGGGAAGAUCAUGCGUGGACCAUUCAUGAAGUUCGUAGCACACGCAGCCUCCUUCACCAUUUUUCUGGGUCUGCUAGUCAUGAAUGCAGCUGACAGAUUUGAAGGCACCAAGCUCCUUCCUAAUGAAACCAGCACAGAUAAUGCAAAACAGCUGUUCCGAAUGAAAACAUCCUGCUUCUCAUGGAUGGAGUUGCUCAUCAUAUCCUGGGUAAUAGGCAUGAUAUGGGCUGAAUGUAAAGAAAUUUGGACUCAAGGCCCCAAGGAAUAUUUGUUUGAGUUGUGGAAUAUGCUUGACUUUGGUAUGUUAGCGAUCUUUGCAGCAUCAUUCAUUGCAAGAUUCAUGGCAUUUUGGCACGCUUCCAAAGCUCAGAGCAUCAUUGAUGCAAAUGAUACUUUGAAAGACUUAACAAAAGUCACAUUGGGAGACAAUGUGAAAUACUACAAUUUGGCCAGGAUAAAGUGGGACCCCUCUGAUCCUCAAAUUAUAUCUGAAGGUCUUUAUGCAAUUGCUGUAGUUUUAAGUUUCUCCAGAAUAGCUUAUAUCUUACCCGCAAAUGAAAGCUUUGGACCCCUGCAGAUAUCACUUGGAAGAACAGUAAAAGACAUCUUCAAGUUCAUGGUCAUCUUCAUCAUGGUGUUUGUGGCCUUCAUGAUUGGAAUGUUCAACCUCUACUCCUACUACAUUGGUGCAAAACAAAACGAAGCCUUUACAACAGUCGAGGAGAGUUUUAAGACACUGUUCUGGGCUAUAUUUGGACUUUCUGAAGUGAAAUCAGUAGUCAUCAACUAUAAUCACAAGUUCAUUGAAAACAUCGGUUAUGUUCUUUAUGGCGUCUAUAACGUUACAAUGGUCAUUGUUUUGCUAAACAUGUUAAUUGCAAUGAUCAACAGUUCAUUCCAGGAGAUUGAGGACGAUGCUGAUGUGGAAUGGAAGUUUGCAAGGGCCAAACUGUGGUUUUCCUACUUUGAGGAGGGAAGAACUCUUCCUGUUCCCUUCAACCUGGUGCCGAGUCCAAAGUCUUUGUUUUAUCUCUUACUGAAGCUCAAGAAAUGGAUUUCUGAGCUGUUCCCGUGUCAUAAAAAGGGUUUCCAGGAGGAUACUGAGAUGAACAAGAGAAAUGAAGAAAAGAAAUUUGAAAUUUUGGGGAGUCAUGAAGACCUUUCAAAAUUAUCACUUGACAGAAAACAGCUUGGUAUAAGAGGCUCAGAAGAUUUCCAGUUAAAUAGUUUCAAUAAUCCUCCAAGGCAGUAUCAGAAAAUCAUGAAGAGGCUCAUUAAAAGAUAUGUUCUGAAAGCCCAGAUCGAUAAGGAAAGUGACGAAGUGAAUGAAGGGGAACUGAAGGAAAUUAAACAGGACAUCUCAAGUCUCCGCUAUGAACUCCUGGAAGAAAAAACUCAGAAUUCAGAAGAUCUAGCAGAACUUAUUAGAAAACUUGGGGAGAAAUUACCAUUGGAACCAAAGCAAGAGGAAAGCAAGAGAUAAUGCAAAGACUCCCCCUAAAAUCCAUAUUUAUUUGUCCACUUGAGACCAUAUUAUUUUCUGAUUUAUUUUUUUAAGUGACAAUGUGACCACCUUUUAAACAAGAAAAUGUUCAAAGAUAACUUGGGUCAUGCUAUCAUCUAGGACCCUAACAUUUAAUAAUUUUCAUGGGUAAAUGUCAUCAUUCAGGCUAAAUAGUGCAGAUUACGAUGGAAAGUCUGCCAGUCGUCUGGUGCUUGUUUUACAAACUGCUUUCUGGGUGUAACUUGUGAUGGUGUGAUUGCUGCAUAGUAUCUGCCUGGGAAUCACUGCAGCUGGCAGGGGUAUUUCCCCUGAUGAUGACUUCAGGCACCUCCUUGCCUGCUCUGCGGAUCCCCUGUAGCCUAAAGAAAAAAACCAUCUGUGACCAUUUAGAGAAUGCUGUUUAAUCACCUGUCCUGCUUAGCCCCCACAGAAGAUGAUUGAUAAUGUCUGUGCAAAAUGGGGUUAAAUCUUUCCUAAACGUUUUGAUUCAUCUCUUUAAAAACAUUAUAUUUACCAUGAAAAAGUACUUCCUCCACUGAACCCUGGAAACGUGCCUCAGGUGUGUGUGUGUGUGUGUGUGUGUGUGUGUGUGUGUGUGCGCGCGCGUGCAUGGCAGGUGCAUGCAUGUGUGUGUGUGUGUGUGUGUGUGUGUGAGUGUGUGUGUGUAGGAAAUGCUCACUCUAUUUUCUUUUGCAGUCUAUGUAAACCCUCAAAAGCUCUUUACAUUAUAAUUUUUUUGUUGUGACUAAACAAUUGUGGUCAUUCAGUCCAGUUAAUAGCACAAUUUGGGGCCAUUUCUAAGGGCCUUUGCAGGUGAAUUCCCAGACUUGGCAUCAAAUACAAAGGGGGAAAAAAGUGUUGAAGGAACUUGCAAAUGCUUAUCUCUUAUGGUCGUUAUGUUCUACCCUCCUCUCACAAUAUAUGAAACAGAAGUUUACAUUCGUGUGCAUUCACCAGGAGGUUAUGACUGACGGGUGAUGUGAGGCAGCAGCUCAAACAAGGAAAAGAGAAAUGAAGGGUCAUCCGUUCAACUUCCCAAAGACUGUCAACAUUUAGAUCAGUGGUUCUCAACCUUCCUAAUGCCACGACCCUUUAAUACAGUUCCUCAUGUUGUGGUGACCCCCAAUGUAAUUGUUACAAAUUGAACAUAAUCACAAAAACAGUAUGUAAUUAUA